AUGAGUUUAACUAUAAAUGCGGUAGAUGCAAUGGAGUUUGUCGAGGACGACAAUAUCACAGGAGCAUCGGACGAUGACGAUGACGACAAUCCGAGUAGUCCGGGCAGUGCGUACGAUGAUGGGAACCUCAUCAACGUUGCUAUGGAAAAUGAAGUCACUGCACAGCUUGUUGCCGCGGGUGUAGUUGGUGUUGCUGCCGCUGCCGCAAUCACAUCUUCUAAGAAGAAAAAACGGCCACAUUCUUUCGAAACGAACCCUUCCAUUCGCAAGCGACAACAGAAUAGACUUUUGCGGAAGUUGCGACAAACUAUAUUCGAAUACGCUACACGUGUGGGACAGCAAGCCGUUGUGUUGGUUGCCACCCCUGGAAAGCCAAACAACAUUUACAAAGUGUUUGGCGCAAAGCCGCUGGAGGACGUGUUGAAGAACUUGCGGAACAAUGUGAUGGACAAGUUGGACGAGGCUCUUGCGGCUCAAGCUCCCCCGCGAGUACAAGACGAUCCGUCGCUUUUCGAGCUGCCACCGCUAAUCAUUGACGGUAUACCGACCCCAGUAGAGAAGAUGACACAGGCCCAACUGCGAGCGUUUAUUCCAUUGAUGUUAAAGUACUCGACCGGUCGUGGCAAACCCGGCUGGGGUAGGGACUCCACAAGACCGCCCUGGUGGCCAAAGGAGCUACCGUGGGCAAACGUCCGCAUGGAUGCGCGUACCGAGGAUGAAAAGCAAAAGAUAAGUUGGACUCAUGCACUGAGAAAAAUUGUCAUAAAUUGUUACAAGUAUCACGGAAGGGAAGAUCUUCUGCCUGCGUUCAGUGAAGAGGAUGAGAAAGCGAACGCCAUAGCAACGGCUAGCUCGAAUGUCGAUGUUAUGAAAAUCGAAAACGGUAACGUAGUGACGGUGGGUCCGGCUGGCAAUGGAAACACGGCCACGGCUACUAUCACCAAUGGGACAGGAGGCCAACAGCAGAUCAUCAUACACCAAGCUCAUCCGCAGCAUCAACAGCAAACGCAGUCAAAUGGACAGACCACAACGCUUACCACUGGCGCAAAUGGUCAUACGCAGAUUAUCAAGGAAAAUGCUGACGGUACUAUCCAGAUACAGCAACAGUCUUCGCCCUCGCAGACCCUGAACGCGCAGGUUUGCUUAGACUCGAUGGCUCUAAGCGAUGUGGAUUUCACCCAUACCGUGCUGCAGACCAUCCAAAACGCUGAUGGAACCGUUUCACUUAUACAGGUUGAUCCUAAUAAUCCAAUAAUUACGUUGCCGGACGGAACUACAGCACAAGUACAAGGAAUUGCCACCUUACAACCACAAGGUGACGGAGGUGUUCAUGCUAUCCAAACUAUAUCAGACGGCCAGGGAGAGAGCAUGUCAGUUGAUCUAACAGAAGCCACUCUAGGUCAGGAUGGGCAGUUAAUUAUUACAGGAGAAGAUGGACAAGGAUUCCCGGUGAACGUGAGUGGCAUGAUAACUGUGCCAGUGUCGGCACAGAUGUAUCAAACAAUGGUGGCCAACAUACAACAGGUGCCGAAUGUGGAUGGAACCGUGUGUAUAACUCCUAUGCAGGUACAUAAUAUAGCAAGCAACCAUCCGCAACAGUCACAGACUUCUUCUGGUGUUAGCACGACUAGUGCCGCGACUCCAAACUUGACCAUUUCGACGAACGUAGGUGCAUCGAACCAGCACCACGCCGCUGCAAUGCUAGCCAACUAUGCAUUGGGUAGUAACGGAGCAAUUUUGAGCAUACCGCAAAUACAACACCAUUUGCAGUCUAGUAAGCACCACCGAGCCAAUAGUGCAGCACGUUCAGCUGCUACUGGAGGCAUGGUUGGAUUAAAUACGAUACUCCCUUUGCAACGAGGUUGUUUUAAUUUGCCCAUCUCUAACACUCAACUACACGGAACGGACGCUAAUAAUCAAAACCUGACCAAUAAUAAUAACCUUCCUCUAAGCGCUAUAAGUGUGCACCGUAAAUCGAACGAAUUACCUGCUGCUGCUAUUCUUGGCGGAAAAAUCUGUAUACCAAAGAUUGAGCCGAUGGACGAAGACAAAGACGGUACAUCGUCGUCAGAUACCGGCGCGCCGAGUUUUGUAAUAAAUUUGAGCGAUAUACCUUUCACGACGCACGAUCCCAAAUCCUCACAACAACAGCAACUUAAACGAGACCUAGAACUGACUGUACAUGAAGGCAGCCAACUGAUCGACGCGCUGAGUUUAAAUCAAAAGAACAGCAGCAGUAAUAGUGGUACCUCAAAUGAGGUAGACAUGAAACACCUUGGCUUGCAAAGUGUUUAA